UAAAAGCCAUUUCACCGGGGAAGAAGAAGAAGAAGAAGAAGAAGAAGAAGAAGAAGAAGAAGAAGAAGAAGAAGAAGAACAUGCUUCUAUACAUAUCUUGGCCAUCCAUUCUUUAUCUCCGCGGCCUCGUUUGGUGAUUCUCGAACACAGAUCCACUCAGCAUGGCAUGGCAUGGCAUGGUGUACGGUCUUAAGACAGGACUUGACACUUACAUGGAUGCAAGAUCUUCGGUGCGACAUUCCAAAAAUAUGUUACUCUCUGUUGGGCUCAAAGUGGUGUUGUUGGCUGUUUGCUUGGGACUGCUUGCUGCUUGGUGGCUGCUGAUGGGCGUUGCUGACAGAGGUGAUGUUUUCUACAGUCCAAUACUGGUUUGUUUGUUAGCUCGAGACCUCGGGUCAACUUCCCUAGGCGUUUUCAUGCUGUGAGUAUGCC